GCUAGAGUCAUUGGCAGACGUCUUACUGGCUGCCUCCCCUACUGUGUCGUAAUAGGAAGUGACACAAGUUUCACCAGUAGUCGUAGGAAGUGCUGUGUUGUUAUUUUCCCAUGUGUGUUUUUGGCUGUACAGCUUGCUCCACGUUUUACCGCUGUUUUCAAGACGGAGUCGCGCAGGAAACAUAAACAUGGUCAAGAAAGGCAAAAAAGAGAAGAAAGUGAAGGGGGCUGAAAAAACAGCCGCUAAAAUGGAGAAAAAAGUCUCCAAAAGAUCGAAGAGAGAGGAGGAGGAUCUUGAAGCACUGAUAGCUGAAUUCCAGGCACUUGAUUCUAAGAAGACGCAAGUUGUUGAGACAGCCUGCCCUCCCCCUUCACCUCGGUUAAAUGCCUCCCUCUCUGUCCAUCCUGAGAAAGAUGAGCUAAUCCUGUUUGGUGGUGAAUAUUUCAAUGGCCAAAAAACCUUUCUGUACAGUGAUCUGUUUUUUUACAACAUUAAGAAGAACUCUUGGACAAAAGCUGACGUUCCAAACCCUCCACCGCGCCGCUGUGCGCACCAGGCCGUCGUGGUGUCGCAGGCUGGCGGCCAGCUCUGGGUUUUUGGAGGGGAGUUCGCAUCUCCAGACGGUGAACAGUUUUACCACUACAAAGACCUGUGGGUGCUUCAUCUGGCAACCAAGACCUGGGAACAGAUCAAAGCCACUGGAGGGCCUUCAGGGAGAAGUGGGCAUCGGAUGGUGGCUUGUAAGAGACAGCUGGUUGUCUUUGGAGGUUUCCAUGAGAGCACAAGGGAUUAUGUUUAUUACAAUGAUGUUUACACCUUUAACCUGGACACCUUCACCUGGGCCAGAAUCGCCCCCUCCGGAACCGCUCCCUCCCCUCGCUCUGGCUGUCAGAUGACCACCACACCAGAAGGGGGCAUCAUCAUCUACGGGGGAUACUCUAAAGUGAAAGUGAAAAAGGAUGUGGACAAAGGUUCUCACCAUACAGACAUGUUCCUGCUGAAAAACGAAGGCAAAGAGGGAAAAGAUAAGUGGGCAUGGAGCCGAAUGAAUUCAGCGGGAGUGAGGCCCACCCCCCGCUCAGGAUUCUCCCUGGCCGUCGGCCCCAACAACCGCACGGUGCUGUUCGGAGGGGUGUACGACGAGGAGGAUGACGAGUCGCUGGAGGGAGACUUCUACAAUGACAUGUACUUCUACGACAUGGGCAAGAACCGCUGGUUCACAGGGCAGCUCAAGGGUCCCAAGACGGAGAAGAAAAAGCGUCGGAGAGACAAGAAGGCCGAGGAGGAGGGUGCUGGGGGAGAGCCGGGCGUGGAGACGGAGGCACUCCAGGAGCCGGUGGAGAUUGUGAAGGAGAUUGUGGGAGAGGAUGGGACUGUCAUGACCAUCAAGCAGGUCAUCUCACCACCCAGCGCCCAGGGGGGCGUAUCAGACUUGGAGAGCGAGGAGGAGGAGGAGGGGAGCGAGGCGGGUGGAGCUGAAGUUGCCAUGGUGGAGCCUUGUCCUCGCUCCAACGCCAUGACCACUGUGAAGCACGGGGUCCUCUAUGUCUACGGGGGCAUGUUCGAGGUGGGAGACCGACUGUUCACACUCAACGACCUUUACAGUGUCGACCUGCACAAGAUGGAUGAGUGGAAGGUUCUUGUGGAGAUGGAUCCCAAAACGCAGGAGUGGCUGGAGGAGUCUGACUCGGAGGGAUCGUCCGACGAGUCUGAUGAAGGAGCGACGGGGGGGGAUGAUGAAGAGGAUGAAUCAGAUGACUCGGAGGAAGAAAGUGAGGAAGGAGAAGAGAAUGAUCACCCUCCUGUUAAGCCUGGAGAGGAGUAUGGAGACUACCUGAGCAGGACUGAACAGUACUGGGUGAAAGUAUCCCGGGCGAAUAUGGGCCCAGAAGCCAAGGAAAAGAAAGUUGUGAAGGUAGCUCGUGCCAUGGCAAAGGUUUUGUAUGACGGCCUGGUCUGAUACAAGCCCGCAUUAACGACAUACAAUGACUAAAGCAAGUCCUCGUAGCAUGGAAUUAAAACUUAUAAAACACACAGUAAACCUUUUUCAAAGGUUCAUUUUUGUAAUGUUUAAAAAUGACCAUAUUUUUCAGAGUGAUUGUCAACACCAUUUUUAUGCAUUGGAAUACUAGACUGCAAUCAGCUGAUCCUGAUUAAGACUUCUACAACAGCCUUGUGUUUUUAAUGACUACGCACAAUAUAUACAGUUAUCAUUUAAUUCAAUGUAAAGACCUUCAGGAAUUUCAGGAACUUGCACAAUCCUAAAAUUCAAGAUUCUAGUUAAUUUAAAAAAAACCUAUAGAGUAUCUCCACAGGAUGAGGGGGCAUAUAAUUGUAAUGUUUGUGUGUAUAACUUGGUCAAGUUAUGAUUUGUAUUAUUUGGUUAUUAUAUUGUUUUAAGAUUUUCUGUAAAUUUGCAAACUAUUUCAGACUCUGCCAUUAUUAAAUAUGGGUGCUACUGUUAUUUGAUAACAUAUUUAUUCCAAACUGGUUUUGGGAAACAUAAUAAUAGAUGUGUGACAUAAAGACAAUGAUUCUUGGUGGUAAAUCUCCCUCUCGACCUGUGAGGGCGCUAAGUAACAGGAACAGAGUACUCUGGACUACUUGACCUGACACUUCGUUCUGAGGGUUAAAAGGAAGUUGGUCAUGUAGAAAAGAGACGGAGCUUCAGUACACUAACUCAUUGACCCGGAGGGGAAAUGAUGUGACAGCUGCAGAUCAUAAAAAGCAGCUGCAAUCGUUUACCAAGGGGUCAUGAGUGACGGUAUAAAUAGGGGUCGAAGCGAUGUUAUCUGUUCCUUCGUUUUGGUUGUGUCAUUGACCUGGAAGGACCUGUACUGUUGGUGAAAUGAUCAUGAGUGUUUGUUUGUUCUGUCUAUUGUUGAGUGUAUUCACUAGACGGCUAACACGAUCCGGAGCUGUCACCAGAGGCCUGCACAAACCCGGAAGAGCACUUCAUCUGUACCACUGUAAAACUGUAUUGCACCACAAUCACUAAUUCACGCACUAACCAGACUUGUGUAUGUGUUUUGUGUUUAAUGUGGGGCUACAAGAAUGGGACUAUUAAUUCAGGCCCAGCUUGGGGGAUUAUAAAUGUCAGUAAUACACGCUGCUGUAUUACUUAUCAUUACUGUUUCCUGUUUGUUUUGCCGUCAGGCAUUGGACAAAAACAACUAAUAAAAACAAACCUUUUCACCUGGA